AUGGACCGUCAUAUUGACCUGAUUCUCUCAAGCAAGCGCGCAGUCGGACAGCGCGACUUCCUUGACAUCCUCUGGCCCACGCAGAUCCCUGGAGUGACCGUUGAAACGAUAAACACUUACGAGGAGCGUGAGGAAGUCUCCUCAGCCGUCCAGCGGUUUCACUUGAUGUAUGAUGGUCUCACGCGUACCUACUUGGACAGGCUGAGCAAGCUUUGGAGAGUGUGCAUCCUGGUUUAUCGAGAGAACCCGCUGUACCUGCUGUCAUGCCACCAUGGCAUAUCAUGCCGUUCAGGACGGAGACUUGGAAACGAAGACUUGACUUUCGUCAUAUUGCCGCUCUGGACACAGCGAUUUGUCGAUAAUCUCUCGAGCCUGAUUCUACAUCCGUUCUUCUCAUCGCGACAGAACGGCGCAUUUCUUCGACUGGCUCUCCAAUUCGCCGUCGCCUAUCGCUGCAAUGACAAUCGAGUUUGGGACAUUUCCACUCUGUUGUCACAAGCAGGCGUCCAUUGCCCUGGCCUGACUAUGCUCAGCGAUGAGAUGACCAGACACGGUGCUACACGCCCGGUAGGCGGUGCAGGCGGCCGUAUCCUGAAGGUGGCCACAACAAGUGUCUAUGACAGACUUUCUUCUAUUUGUAGCCGGUUCGACUGCGGCAUGUUGUCAGUCGAGGCGAGGUUUCUGCUGCAGCUGGGAACCGGAGGACGACGAGAAGCGCCGUCGACCAUCCGGAGAGUUGACUUGCCGGCCAACGAGCCUAGGCACGUUUUCCAUAUAGCCACUGACGACUUGGAGUUCCUCUACAAAGCCGCGGAUUCUGUGGUCAGCAAUCCGCCAAGCAAGAACGAGGCCAGCAAGGCAUGCGCUCACUACUGUGGACGCAAUAGACUCCCGCAGAUUCAUCGGACCAAUAUGAAGCUUCAUAUUCAGAACGCAUACGGCCAUGAGCUGGAUCUACUGCAAAUUUUCCGAGAUCGCAUGGCCGGGCUGAGCCUCGAGGCGCCUCGUGCACUGAUGCCUCCGGUAUCAAUGCAGCAAAUUCCGAUGUACUCCAUUCAACGGCCGCUUCCGCCGCCGCAGCAGCAGUUUUUACCACCGACUGCAAUGUCCUACGACCAGAUGGGGUUUCAAGGACAAUACCAGACUGGGGCUUGGCCAAGUCAGGUCACGCUGAGUGCAGGGGGCCAUGAAGCGCACUCCGGAGCAUCGAACGCCUUGCAGCCACAGCCGCAGUCUAUCCCAAGUCGACAUGAGAACGCUCCCCCAUCAAACCUUGAGCAUUAUCCGGACACAUUUCUGCCGAGCCAUCCCAUGGCAGUCGGAGGAGCACUUCAGGGACUACCGCCAUAUGCUCCCCAGGAGCAGACUCUAAUGCUGUUGCUGCAGAACAAUGGACAUGUGGGAGAACACUGGCUCUGA